AUGUCUAAACUCUAUUUUCCUACUUUUAACUUAAUUUUUGUUUCAUUUAGUGUUAAUUUGUGUGAUUUAAAUUUAUCAAGAUAUACUUCUUUCAAUUAUAUUUUUUUAACUUUUAUAGAUCUUUAUUUUAUCAAUUAAAUUAUCUGUAAUUGCUUAUGUAAGAAUCACUAGGUGGAACUUUGUUUCCACGUGAUUUGCAUUCAUUGAACACUAAUGCCAUUUUGACGUCCGUACCCUUAUUUCUCUUUUUUGUGAAUUUUAAAUAUAUUUUAUUUUCAUUUCUUAAUAUAAAGUUCAUAAAAAAAUCUUACUAUUUGAAAAAAAUUCUAAAAAAUUACCCAAUAUUAUAUUACAUCUCUGUGAUUGACCUGAAAAAUUACCACUAGUUUUGAAAGUUUUAUUGAAUUAUAAUUGAUAUAAUUGUUCAGAAAUACUUCUAAAUAUCUAAAAAUUAGUAUUUUCUAGUUUUACAAAUUUUAAAAUUGUAUGAUUUACUAUAUAAUGAGUAAGUCACGUCACUAACCCCACUUGACUUUUAUGAAGUCAACUAGUGAUUCUCUCAUAUUUUCUUGAUAAUUAUUUGAUUGUAAGGACUUAGGUGAUUAUGAGUUGAAAGUGAUCGAAGAAGCCUAAGCCUUCAGCCCAAGGAAAAGCUCAAGUCUUAUCAAAAGAACGGUCUAAUAUGUUUAUGGGCCCAAGAGAGAGCAUCACCUUGGCCUAACUCAUUUGGACUUAAAUGGGCUAUCAAAAGAUGAGAUCUAGGCCGCCCAUCUUAAGGUGCCUUAAGAUGAGAUUAAGAGAAGGUUUAGAACACUACUCUCAUAAAAGAAUUCGGGCCGUCCACCAAGAGAGUCAAUUAUUAAUCAUAAUCAUCUAUUAGAGGGGCCUAAUUCUUGAGAGGAUUAAGGCAUCUGGCCCCCCUCUUGGGGGGUGCUUUUUGGCUCUCUCUCUAAUAGUAGCAAGCCAAAGGAAAUAGGAGAGAAAUUAGGGCCUAGUCAAUGACAUUCUUGUGCCCAAGAUCAUCGUGUAAAAGAGAUUACUUAGAGCGCAUCAAGAUUAUUACAGAUCAAGCAUCACUUGGCCUAAGAUUGGUGCACAAUGAGGUUUGUGCAAAAUCUUGAUUUAAGAUGUCCUUGUAAUCCUCUCCAUUGAUAAAUUAACUCUUAGUUGGAACUAGUUUUAUCAUUUAUUCUAUCAUUCUAUUAUGUUAGAUCCAUUCUCUCCCCUUUGCCACACUUUCUAUUUUUUUUAUCUUCACCUUUUUUAAAUUUAAUUUUAUUUUUCAUAAUCUCAAGUAUAUCAAUAUAUAUAUAAGAAAUAAAAUAAGUAACAUUCUUACUCUCAUUACCCACACUCCCUGAGGGUCGACCCUUACUUAUCUUAAAUAGAACAAUGAGGUUUUAUAAAUAUUAUUUGGAUGAACUUGGUUGCAUCAUGAUGAUAUGUUUAACCUCUAAAUCUUGUUUAUCAAUUUCAUCGUUUACUAGUUCAAUGGUAGUGUAAUGACGGGGGAGGGUGUAGUAAAGCCACAAUAUGCCCUACAUUCCUAGUUCGAUUUAUGCACUACAUUCUAUCAUAUAGGCAUGACGUGCCUCAAUCAUUGUAUAUUAAAUCACACAAAUAUAAAAUUUAUAAAAUUAGAAAAUAUGAUUUUUUAGAUAUUUAGAAGUAUUUCUAAACAAAUAUAUUAAUUAUAAUUUAAUUAAACUUCCAAAAAAUAGCAAUAACUUUCUAGGUUGAUCAUAGGGUGUAAUAUAAUAUCUGGUAAUUAUUUAGAAUUUUUCUCAAUGAAUAUGAUUUUUUAUGAAUUUUAUACUAAGAAAUGAAAAAGAAGUAUAUUUAAAAUUUACAAAAAAGGAAAAUAAGGGUGCGGACAUCAGGAUGAUGUCAGCACCUGAUGAACGAGAAUUAGGCAGAAAUAGAGUUCUGUCUAGUGAUUUUUACGUAAGUUAUUACAAAUGA